AUGAAGCCACCAACCUUUAAAGGGGGAAUUGAUCCGAUGAAAGCUGAGGCCUGGGUGUUGGGUGUGGAGAAGUUAUUUGAGGUAUUUCCAUGCACUGAAGCUCAGAAGUGUAUGCGAGAUAAAAAGUUGACUGAAUUUGAGACUCUCAGACAAGGGAACAAGACUGUUGCCGAGUACAAAGCCCAAUUUGCAGAAUUAGCCCGGUUUGCACCUCAUAUGGUGGAUACAGAGUAUAAGAAGAGAGCUGUCAUAGUGGAGGGCAAUAUUGCCACUCAUAAUCGGAUUUCCGACUGGAAGGGGAAAAGGAAGAAUAUUCAAUCAUCAAAGGGGACAACAAUUCCUCCAAGCAAGAAACAGAAUUUAGGAACCUUAAGUGCUUUCACUCAUACUCGAGACUCAGCUUCAAUUUGUUCAGUCUGUGGAAGGAAGCAUCAAGGAACUUGCCAUCGGUUAACUAGGGCGUGUUUCAGGUGUGGUAAAACGGGUCAUCUGGUAAAGGAUUGUCCUCAAAAAGAUCAGCGAAAUGGGAAUAGAACUACUGUAAGUUCUGCAGGUUCAACACCAGCUCCAAGUACAAAGUCAGCUAUAAAGCCUACCAAUAAUAAAGACACCGCUAGACAAGGAAGAGUGUUUACAUUGGUUCCGGGUGGCUUGCAAAAUGCUGCAACAGUGGUGUCAUCUAUAAUUACUGUUCACGGUUAUUCUGCUUAUGUGUUGUUUGAUUCUGGUUCUACCCACUCUUUUGUGUCAAAAAUGUUUGUCCGAAAUUUAGAUAAAACUGUGGAAUUAUUACCCUAUGUACUGUGUGUGUCUACACCCUUAGGAAAUUCUAUGAUUUGUACUUCCGUUUAUUUUGCUUGUAAACUCCUAAUUGGGGAGGCUCAGACAUAUGCCACCUUGCUACCACUUGACAUGACUCAUUUCAACAUUAUUCUGGGAAUGAACUGGUUAAAUGAGUACCAAGCGACUAUUGAUUGUGCGGCUAAGAAAAUUAGUUUCCACCCUCCGGGGCAGUCAUAA